ACGUGCGGUCGGUCGGUCGUUCGGUCGGUGGGUGGAUCGGUGUUCGGGAACCAUUCUCGUGUGCUCCCAUAACCCAUGAACACGUCUUGCUUCUGUAUUUUAGCACGUGCGGAAGGACGAUGGGCUUAGCAGUGUUUGUUUAUCGUGCCGCCAAUUUGACUGAUGCUGAGCGGUAUCGUUUACAAUGAGGAAAGACAAAGUGUGCGCUAUAAUUUGUGAAUAGUUGUGAGUGUGGAUAUGCUUAAGCUAUUAGUCGAGCAAAUGACAGAAGCGGAUAUUGUUAUGAAGUGACAUUACGAAAUAGAAAAGUAACGGCUGAGAAAUACGUGGCAGCUAUACGGGCUUGGUUGAUUAGGUGUGUCAUCUACUGUUAGUGAUCACUGAAAAAAGCCUGUUGCUAAGCUUUUGGUGCUCUCGUUUGGUGUCGAUGGUGUUGGUCAAUCGUCAUGUGCUUGUCAGUUUGGAUAAUUGUCUGUACUGCGUUUGCUUUGAGUUUUCCUCCCCGAAUCUUAGGCAAAGGCAUUUCAGAACGCGACAAACUUCUGGAGUUUAUAGAGCAGCCUAAGGACACGGUUGCCCUGCGCGAUGAUCCAGCGCAAUUAAAUUGCCGCGCUCGUUCUCUCUCCCCGGAGAUAACUGAUGCAGAUAUUCAAAUUCAGUGGUUUCACAAUGGAAAACUUGUUAAACCAUCACUUGGGCGUACUGUUUCAUUAGGGGUACUAUUUCUUGUGUCAGUACAUACUCAUGACGUGGGUGUCUAUUGGUGCCAAGCCAGUAUAAAGGGCCUUUCAACUAGACACAAUUCAGUGCGUUCCAACAACGCGACACUCCAGAUAGCAUAUCUGCGCGAGGAAUUCCUAAAAGUACCUUCAAGGAAGGACGUUCCUCAGGGAGGCACGGUAGUUCUUGAGUGCGCUCCUCCGCCAGGACUCCCUCCACCAACAAUUGAGUGGCUCAAGGAAGGUGUAGUCGUAAAUGUAGGCUCAGGACCGAGUAGCCGUUUAAGGCUUGAAGGUUUAGGAAAUUUGGUAAUCUCCGACGUGCGUGCUUCCGAUCAAGGUGGAUACGUCUGUAAAGCAGAUAAUGCCGUCGGUAACAGAGAGACACCCCCGGCCAAUCUACGAGUGAUAUUGCAUAAUAAACCUAAACUGAUUAUCGUCCCAGAAAACAAAACCGUGCUGAUACCGGAAAACGGUACGAUAAAGGUUUUGUUAGAGUGUUCGGCGGCAGGGGAUCCUCUGCCGCGUAUCCUUUGGCGACAAAAUAGCCACGAAUUAACGGGGAGAUCAACUUUGUCCUUUUCGGCCAACGAUGGGCUUACAAUGACGGUCGAGGAGGAUCGACGGGGUUCGGUCCGUUCAUCUCUCGAAAUUAGCGGCGUACGUCCAGACGAUCAGGGAAAUUAUACGUGUGAGGCUGAAAACUCUGAGGGACGGGUUGCGGCAACAGCACAGCUAACAGUGCAUUACCGCCCAAGAUGGGUAAUGCCUCCUGAAGAUCGACAGGUCAAAUUGUCCAAUCCACUGAUCUUGAGGUGUGAGGCAACUGGAAAUCCAUCUCCUGAAAUUUCGUGGAGUCGCGGCUCGAGCCGCUGGGUUCUCUCUCCUGGGGAAAGCGAUGGAGACAUGUCGGUCGAUUCGUAUGGAUCGCUACGAAUACCACGCACCGCCCUACAUCAUGCCGGAGUGUACAUAUGCACUGCCCGUUCACUUCUUGGUCAAAUCACGACAACCGCUCGCGUCGACGUACUCCAGGGAGGUGUACCAAUAAUUUCUCAUCCAGAACAUCCCUUAGGCAAAGAUCUUUUUUCCUCUCCUUGGCUCCUUCUCCUCCUUUCGGCCAUUCUUUGCCUAAUUCUAAUCUGCGUUGCAGUAACUAUUCUUCUUUUACUUCGCAAGAUGAACAGCAAAACACAGUCUGCAGUGACGGAAGUACCCGUUGCUAAAGGAGGUGACGUUAACUUCUUCACGGACUUGCCUCAUCCAACUAAUACAACAGAGUACUUCUCUCCGCGCCAUGAGAAGAUGGUUCUUUAUGAGAACAAACUUAAUAUCCUCGACUGCAUCCAUCCCACGGAGGCUCCUCGUUCAUCUCUGUAUUGCAAUAGCGGAGGCCCAAUACACACGCCGAUAUCAGGUCCAUACGCAGCCACAACAAUAGUUCCGCCUGUCCUCCCGGGAACGCGAGUAGGAGACACUGGCAACUACAGAACUGGUGACAUCGCAGCUGUCAACAGAUCUAAAGCUUACCCGGUAGCCAGAGGCGCUCAGGGAACUCACGAACUUGAAAAUCUUUUGCACAGUGGAUACUCCAACAGUGCGUCAAGCUCUAGCGAAACUUCGAGUUUCGGUAAAAGAAGCGGGCGCUCCAGUCGAAGUAGCUCGAAUCACCCAAGAAUUCGAGCUCCGUCGCCUUCACUCGAAAGCAACACCGCUACACCCGUAGCAGGUGAGCCCAUAUAUAGCAUGCCCGACGAGGAUGAGGCGAACCUUAACAAAGCCGGGUCCGAGAGCGGUUUAGAAGUGACGACAUCAACAAACAGGUCUGCGUCUCAGCCUAUACAUCAGUCGCUUACACCUCUCACAUCACAGUUGACCAAGCCGUCGAAAAGAUUCGUCGGUCAGCACUCGGAGCAAAGGCAAACCAAUGUAGCGCUGUCACACGAACAGAUCCUUAAAAGAACCCAAUCAUGAAUGAGGUUAGCGAUUUUCUGAUGGUCGUCCCAGGAGGCACAACGAUCAUAGCGUUUACAUAUACGUGAUGAGAUGAUAGUCUGUCAACAAGCAAGAUUGACAUUUAUCCUAUAAUUUAUUGCAAAAAAAGUUAAUUACCUGCACAAACGUGAUAUGCUUGAGGCAAAAUGGCUGGAAAGAUGGAUUACUAAAUAGCCCAUCCAUUCAGCCAUGAUGUUGAUAAUUUAUCGAAAAUCACGUGCGAGCGUUGAACUAUUUAUAACGUGAUACAUAGGCCAUGAAUCAAUCAACAGGAAGCCAUCUUUGUUAAAAACUGUAAAACACUAAAAGAUCGCAGCUAAAAUUCAACGCGAAAAGUUAUCGAGAAAUAUUUGAUAUAAAUGGUAUCAUUUCUGUAUAUAUCUAUAUAUAGCUAGAAGUGAUAAUCCAGUCUAUUCAUCCCAAAGCAGCAUCUUUUAUGGUCGAAACGGAGAUAACAUGCAUGUAUCCGAAAUCCGUGUCUGUACAGAAAUGUAUUAAUAUACGGCAAUGACACUGGUAUUUGAUAGCAGUGACUUGAUGUUGUUAGCAAAAAUGGUCCUAAACGAUUUUCAGGAGUGAUGAUGACCUAUCUAUGCGUGAGACUCACUAGAGUUAGAGGUACAUUUAUUUAUAUCGUGAGCCAAAACACCGUUUUAACAACUAGUGAAUUUGAUAUACUUGAGAAAGUGUAUGUUAGUGCAAAGACUAGGUGUCAUAGGGAAACUGUUUACACAGUAUCUCCGCUUGAUAAUAACGAAUUUAAUAACAAUUAUAUUAUUAUUAUUACUUUUGAAAAAUAAAAACCACCUCGUUAUGAGGUGUGGCGUGAUGGAUAUGGAUAUUAUGAAGAUGCUGUCGUGUGUAAAGGGAAAGGGAAACAGUAGUCAAGAACAAAUUACGUCGCCUGUGAUAUUAAAAUAAAGACAAAGUCAAUAUUAUUAUUACGUCGGCAUAAAAUUGUACUAAAUGAAGUAUUGGCAGUGGAAGUAGUUGCGAGGUGCCAUUUGUAUAACAUGAUCAUCACAACCCUUUUUCUAGCAUUGUGAAAUGGGCACCUUACGAGGUGUAUUAUCCUGUACAUAAAAAAAUGAGAUGUGAAACUAAAUAUAUGUUCUAAAAAAAAAA